AUGAUGUGGCCAGAGCCGGGGUAUAAAUUCCUGUCAAGCUUGGCCGCCGUCGCCCAUAAGCACGGUAUCACGGUGGAAGAUUCCGAUAGCUUGGAGCUUGUUCUUCGUGCAAUGGGCGAUGAAUUGCGUAGUGCUCGUCUUCGAAAAGAGCUGGUUCGGUCACCGCUACCUGCGCUGCUUUUGCAAAUUCUCCAGAAAGCUAAUUUAAGUGAACGGACGGAAGCUCUGCGUGUAGCUGCAAAUCUUUGUAUUGAUAACUCAGAGAGUCGACUUAUCUUGCUUGAAGUGGACAUCAUUCCAACAAUCGUUCGGGGUCUAACGGAAUCACUCUCGGAAUCUACGCCGAUUCUUCAACAAAUUCGAUGGACCCUUGUUACCAUUGGUGCGAUGUUGAACAUGCAGAUGGAUUGCGUUCCUGUUAAACAUGCUUUGCUCGACUGUGGUACAAUUCCCCAGACUUUUAAUGCCCUUGCUCGCAUUUUGGCAUUGGACUUGAAAGAUCCUGAAACUCACGCCGUGUCAGUGCAAGCUAUGGAAUGGGGCCUGAGGCUCUUGGAUGAUAUUCUCACCGAUGAAGAAGCUCACACCUAUGCCUGGACGCCACAUGAUGCUGAAGUACUGUUCCGAGUGCUUCAGGUAUGGAGUGAGCUGGAUUCUAGGUACCUACUUGACACGGAAGGCAUGGAACACCGGAUAUCCAUCAUCGAAAGUGGAUGCAGCAUUCUCGACCAUGAAACUAAGAACUCUACAUUCUGUACAGCUGUCGUGGAUUGUGAAAACCUAGACAUUUUAAGGCUUCUUUUACACAUGGUCCACGAAACAGUGGUUCCACAUCAAGACUCAAGCGAUUUGACCGACAAUGAAGAGCCUCAUGUGUCAAGUACACAUCAUGUGUUUGGGCAUCUUAAAAAAGCUGCGACUCAUACCAUUGUUGCACUCGCUGGUGAGGACGCGAAUAUCGAUCGGCUGUGUCCUCUCUCGGACGGUCGUCUAACUCAUCCCAAUUUUUUCCUAGAAACACUGUAUGCAUGGACGUCAGAUGUACACGGCGACUCCAAAAAGGCUGUCUGUGCCGUACUCGCACUCGGUAACUUGGCGCGUGGGCAUACACGCAGCGUGGAACUCGCAUCACAGCCCCAUUUAUUGUAUCAUAUGCUACAGCAAAUGAUACUCCACCCGAAUGAUAUGCACAUUGUGUAUGCUGUGAUUCGUGCUGCUGGUAAUUUCGCCAUUCCUGACCAGAAUAAAUCUAUUCUUGUGUCAUCCGAUAUUGUUACCCACGCGUGUGCAUAUUUGGCACCGGAGCAUGAUGUCAAGAGCCCAAUUCAAUCUGGCGUCCUUGUCUUGCUUAAAAACCUCAUAUCGUCUUCUUCCAAACCCUUUGUCGCCCUUGAGCUGCUUGGCUGCCUGUCCGAUACGUCGAAAAACGUUCUAGAGCCACUGGAAGACUUAUGGCAUCGCACUGAUGAUACUACCACACAGCUGCGUAUUGCACGAAUUUAUGUCGCUUUGCUUCGAAGCGUCUUUGGCUCUGAUAAAGGAGAGGAAAGCAUGCAUCGUCUCGCCGAAGAGUCUGCCAUGUUGAGUACCAAACUUGAUGCGGCGUAUAAGCAUGCCGAGGGGAAACUUUGCUGCCCCUCUGUGGUGAAAGCAUUGUGUCAUCUUCUGUGUCACUCGCAACAACACACUGUGCUCCAAAAUGAGGGUCUACUUGGCCUUAUCUUUCUUAUAAGAUCGACAUACGCUGAUGCAUUUAUUGCCGAGACAAUAUUCCAAGUAUCAUCGUCUCCCCCCGGUGGCAUGUUUGCUUGCGUGAUGGAAGCGCUGCUCUACAUCUUUCGAACAGCUCCCGCACAGGUGGCGAGUAAUGCGUACGUUCUGUGGCUGCUGCUUGAGAAGGACGAGCGUGCAAGUGAAUGGCGUGCUCGUAUUGAAGAUGCAUGGAGCAAAUGUGCACAUCAGAUGUAG